AUGGCUGCCCCGGUCGCAUCUGAAGCGGGCAUUUCAGCAGCACCGGCUGUAGCUGGUGAAGAAAAUUCUCGUGAGGAUGCUGCUGCGGACGAACCCAAUGAAGGCGUAGAUGAAGCUAAGUUCGACAUAAUCGGUAUCCAUGGAUUUCACGGGGAUGAAAAUAUCUGGGAUGGGGCGUACACUUCGAGCGGCCAAGACCCAACCCGGCUCAACAGACUUUUCUCCAGCAUAGCUCCCAAGGGAGGAAGGUUUAUCUCAUACAGCUACGACCAAGACGAGGCUUCUAUGGGAUGCUAUACUCUACAAGGGAGUUACAGAAACGCUCACAAACUACUGGAAGUUGUCGCGAAAAGCCGAACGCCUGAGAUAAGAAAUGCAAGGCGACCUAUAUACUUUGCCUGCCAAGAUAUUGGCGGUGCAAUUGUUAAGUCGGCCAUCAUUAUUGCUAGCUUGGAUGAGUCUGCAUAUGCGGAUAUCUUGCAUUGCAUACGUGGUAUUAUAUUCUUCGGCUACCCACAUCGAUCACCUACAAUAGUUCAUCUUGAAGAACAGCUAUUCUGGCUUCUCUCCUUAAACAAUGAUCUCCGUCUGCAAGACCAUAAAAUGACGCUUGUGAGAAGACUUGCCGAGACAAUAAGCAAAAUCAACGAUUCAUUUAUACAUACAAAAAUGCUGAUCCAGGCACGGGUCGUCAACAUAUUUUCCACUCAUGACGAUCCUGCGAAAAGAGUAUUCGAUAAAUUCACGGCCACUUUGGGCAUUGCCCUUGAAUAUCAGCUGCCGAGUGUUAAACCACAUCUCCAACUGAUUGAUGUUGAGGAGCUCGACUCAUACGCUAAAGUGAUUUCGCCAGAUGAAGACUGGCUUGAUGAUUCAAAUUAUCCGCUCGUUUUAGGAUGCCUUGACGAAUGCGACGACUCUGUGUCAUUUUUCUUAUCUGAAAUCUACAACUACUUCACGACCAUCGAGCACCGCCUGAGGAUUGUCAUCAUUACGACAAAGGGAACAGCCAAAGAGAAGCCCAUUAUUGACUCACUCUCUAAAUUCCCCAGUGAAAGCAUAACUCGCAUAGACUAUAACUUACCUUCCUCCGAGCCCCUCUAUGAUAGAUUCAAUGUGUCCAUGCUUCUCCAGCAGAGCCAUUACUAUGCGGUCAAUGGCUUGCGAGACAAGAUAGAAGCCUUGCUCUCCGGUUGCGCAAAAGAUGUAUCAUUGCAUCAUUUGCUAAUCAACUGCUUCAAAUCAACCCUCGAUCUUUCUAAAACCGUCUCUCGUAUCCUAACUAAGAGUCAGACGCCCUCACCGGAACAAAUUUUUGAGAGUAUCUUAGAGGAUAUUCCUGAGAAGUAUCAUCUGUGGGCCAACAAACUUCUGUGUUGGAUGCUAUCAUCUUUCAGACCUCUGAGGGCAUCUGAGUUCUGCCGAAUCUCAGAUCUAUGUCUUGGGGAUAAACUUAGUGCAGAUACAGGGGGGUCUACAAUACGUGGUCGCUUCAUCAACAUCAUCCGCCAAUUUGGAGGAUUGUUGGUUACAGUUCACGACGAAGUACACUUCAGUCAUGCCUCCAUCCGUGGCUGGCUGAAGUCUUCAGAUUCCAGUGAAGAUCAGUUGCUCAUUACAAAGGGGUGGUACCGACAGACAGAACGAGAUCGGCAUACCACUAUUGUGCAAACCUGUUUAGACCAUCUCAAGGAUAAUACUGAUCAGACUCAAGCCUGGAUCACCCAAUUGCCGUACGCAACUGAAUUCCGGAUGAGCCAUCGCAAACAAUUCGGAUCAAUUGGAGAUGCUUUGGGGGUCAUCUUCAAGGAUCAACCAUGGUUGGAACGAUGGGUAGAUGCAUACAUGGCGCUAUCUACCCCUUUCUUAGUGCCACUCAAAAAUCGCAAGCCGCUCACCAUCGCGUCGCACUUUGGAUUCAAAGGCAUGGUCAAAACUAUCCUAGCAAGUGAUGAGUACGACUCUGAGACUCUAGACCAAGGCUUAGUCGAGGCUUCGAGGAUGGCCCAGCUACCCGUUUUUCGCCUUCUUAUCAACCGGUACCCAGACGGCCUGGACCUGAGGAAAACAUUUGUGCAAGCUGCUUUACAAGCGGCUCUCCGUAGUGAGAAUUAUGAGUUGUGUCAUGAAUUGGUCAAUCGUGUACAUUUAUCAGAGCAGCCCUCAGAGAUUAAUGAUGAACUUGUCUUCGGGUACCCGGAUAAUCAUGUCCAAGAUACGACCAAGGAAGAGGCAAUACCACCAAAAGCUAACAACCUAUCAUAUUGUUUGAAGAACUGUCUACGCUCGGCUUGCGAACUAGAUAUGACAGAUAUUGUCGCCAAGCUGCUCUCGUUCGUACCAGAGAACGAUACCACGUUUCUGGAAAGUAUUUCAGACACCGAAGAUACACCACUCCAAGUUGCGGCUCAGUACUCACGGUUUGAUUCAGCCAAGCUGUUAAUAGCUGCCGGCGCAAGUGUCGCUCCGAAUGACAAUAAGGAAAUAGCGAUGCCGUUGGAAAUUGCUGCUUCUCAUGGAUCCAGCGAUAUGAUCAAUCUUUUGUUGGAUCACGGAGCACCAAUUGAUGCCAAGAGUUUGUACAACCACACACCUUUGGAAACGGCUUGUCUGAAGGGAAACUUUGCAACAGCCGAAUCUUUGCUUCGUCGUAGAGACUUUCGCGAUUAUAUAACACCAGACCUGCCAUCUCAACCACUCAUGAUUGCUGUAGAGCAGGGUCAUUAUAAGAUCGCAGAGGCGCUUCUUCGUCAUGGGGCAGAUCCAAAUAUACAGGAAGAAGACGGCCAAACGGCUCUUUGGCUGGCAGUCAUACAUGAGAGGAUCGACCUUUGUCGCCUUCUGUUGGCGCAUAGAGCAGAUCCAAAUCUAGCCCUCAAAGACAGCGGAAUCACUCCACUAAUCUCUGCAAUAAUUAAUAAGAGCAUGGAGCCGGUCAAGGUACUUGUCGAAAACGGUGCCGACGUGAAUCAGCCGCUAGAUAACCAGUGCACGCCAGUUUAUAUGGCUACAUUUAAUGACGAUAUCGAGAUAGUUCGGUACCUUCUCUCUCAUAACGCAGAUCCUAACAUCGCCAGGUCAAAUGGCAUCACUCCUCUCUGGCUCGCAGCACAGCAGGGAUAUUCGGAAACCGCGCGACUGCUUGUUGAAGCUAAAGCCGAUGUUCAUGCCACCGAUGAUUCUGGAUGGACAGCAUUGCACGCUGUUUUUGAUUCCACUGAGACUGUCCGUGUUCUUCUUGAGCAUGGCGCUGAUAUGAACAGAAUGGACAAGAAGGAGGCAACGCCUUUAGGACUCGCCAUAAACAGUAACCAAGUCAACGCCGUCAGAUUGAUGCUCAGUGAGUCAAAGGUCAAGCCUGACUGGUCAAUAUCGUCAAUGUAUGGAGCAAUACAGCGUGCGGUCCGUGACGGCUACAAUGACGUUAUGUCACUGGUGCUCGAGGCCGGAGUCAAUGUCAAUCUUGUGGAUGAUCAGAACUAUUCACUCGCACUUUGGGCUAUGUCGCGCAAUGAUGACAAUAUGAUCCGGACCCUCCUCGAAUUCGGACCCGAUCUAAGCCACAAAGACAAGGACGGAGACACAGCACUUCACAAUAUAAGAAAAAAGACGCCUCUGGCAUCUGUUCGACGUUUGGUCAAUGCCGGCAGUAAACUAGAUACCAUGAACAAUGAUCUUGAGACACCUCUCAUAAGCGCAAUAAGGGCCUGUAAUAUGGAAGUCUUCGACUACUUCAUGACAAAGCCGAUCGUUGUCGACACCCUUAAUAGCCCUUCCUUCAACAAAGAGGGCGCGCCCUUGCAUUUCGCUUGUGCAAGAGGCACAAUUGAUAUGGUCAAAGUAUUGAUCAAAAAUGGUGCGGAUAUUAACUAUACUUGCGCUUCAGCAUACGGAACUCCAUUGAUAGCAGCUACCAGACGACGAGGAGACGGUAGCGAUAUAUUGGCAGAGAGCAUUGUCAGACUGCUUCUUGAUGAAGACGCUGAUCCAACAAUAUCUGCAGGUCGUGCAGGAUAUCCUAUUAUAUCCGCCAGCAUAUCGUGCUCAGCCAAAGUAAUCCAAUUACUCCUCGAUCACAAGGCCUCAGUAGACGUCAAGGAUCCUUUUGGCAGAAAACCAGCUCAUUUCGCCUGUCACAACACGCUCGAGGUCUUAAAGUCCCUUAAUCUUCCAGAUUCAGAUUUUGCAGCCAGAGAUAUAGUCGGCAGAGUUCCCCUCCACUACGCCGUGCUCAGAGGCCAACUUGACCUCGUCGAAGAAGUUUUAGCGCGUUCCCAGAGAGUUGGUAUUGAUAUUGACGUUGUUGACGACGAUGGAUGGACACCACUGCUCUGGGCAGCGCGUGCGCCUCGCCUUUUCUUCUGGAGAGUGAAAUUAGAGCCUUCGCAAUACGAUGCCAUGGUAUUGUUUCUACUUAGCAAGGGAGCGAAUCCCAGCAUUCGUGGACAUGGAUUAUACAAGGAUUGGACUGUCUCUGAAGUCGCCUACUACCAUCACGCUGACAGUAUCGCCGACUUAGUUGCAGAGAAAACGCUUCAAAAGAACAAAAGACAUGGACCAAAGAAGAGGGGUAAAAAAACCGAAUGGUCAUUUUGCGACUGCUGCUACGCCGAGAUCGCGGGCGUCUAUUUCAGAGGCCCAGGUACUCUGGGUAUCGAAUUAUGCUUCAAGUGCUACAGGUCGAAAUCACGCAUUGCUCCUGGGGAUGAGUUUAUAGAUUGCGGCUAUGACUUCGACGAGGACGACGAAGAAGCGGACACUGAGUCAAAGGCUGCUCAAUCAGUGAAUGGAGAGGUGUCUGUGAAGGAUCAAGAAAAUGUACAGAUUCAGUUUGACGAUGAGGUUGUAGAGGAGGAAGAUAUGGAGCUUUCAUUCUAG